UCGACGCAUUGACAGCCUUCAAUAGAUUCGCGGACGUAAACAAUAGCACAAAACCUCGUGUUUCGUUCCGAGCUGCAUCGGUCACAUAAAUUUACCCGAUUCUGCAAGUGAAACUGACCAUUUCGGAAACCCGUAGUACAAGAUGAGUGCAGUCGCACUGGACGAAGUGCCAGGCUUUACACUUCACACGGCCGAAGUGGAUUACGACGAUGAAGUGAGCGGAGGAAAGAAAGGCAAGAAAAAAUGUGGCGGAUUUCAGGUGAUGGGUCUCAGCGCACCGUUAUUGAAGGGAAUUGUUAAGAUGGGCUACAAAAUUCCAACACCCAUUCAACGAAAAACUAUUCCCCUAAUCCUGGAGGGGCGCGAUGUGGUAGCAAUGGCAAAGACCGGUUCUGGUAAGACGGGCUGCUUUCUGAUCCCGAUGUUUGAAAGGUUAAAGCAACGAGAAGCGAAGGCGGGAGGAGGCGCUCGAGCACUGAUCCUUUCCCCGACCCGUGAGCUGGCCAUACAGACGUUUAAGUUUAUCAAACAACUGGGCCGAUUCAUGGAUCUGAAAACCAUUCUGGUACUCGGUGGAGAUUCGAUGGAUUCACAGUUUGCCGCCGUUCACACGCUUCCUGACGUGAUUGUCGCCACGCCGGGUCGUUUUUUGCAUCUCUGUGUGGAGAUGGAUCUGAAGCUAAACUCGGUACAGUACUGCGUGCUAGAUGAAGCCGAUCGAUUAUUUGAGAUGGGAUUUGGUGAGCAGCUGACCGAAACGAUCCAGAGAUUGCCGGAGUCCCGCCAAAUGGUACUGUUCAGUGCGACACUGCCGAAGCUGAUGGUGGACUUUGCAUCGGCAGGCCUAUGCCAACCGGUACUGAUACGAUUGGACGUAGAAUCGAAAAUACCGGACACACUCGAUUUGAAGUACAUUUACUGUCGGCCAGCGGAACGUUACGCCACGCUGUUGGUGCUGUUACGCGAUGUGAUCCCUAGCACAGCACAGACGGUUAUUUUCGCCGGCACCCAGCAUCACGUGGAAUUGAUUUCAUUGAUGCUGACCAAAGCUGGGAUUCCGAACAGUCAUGUUUACUCUGGACUGGAUGCGUCCGCGCGUAAAAUUAAUACAGCCAAAUUUACGCAUCACAAAGUGAAUGUACUCGUCGUGACAGACAUUGCCGCGCGUGGUCUCGACAUUCCGACGCUGGAUUACGUUAUAAAUCUGCAUUUCCCGGGCAAACCGAAGCUGUUCAUCCAUCGCGUCGGACGUUGCGCUCGUGCUGGCCGGAGUGGCAUGGCCUAUUCGAUCUUUUCAAAUGAUGAUAUCGCUCACCUGAUCGAUCUUCACAUGUUUCUGAAUCGUCCACUCGAUCCGGACGAUCGGAAUAUAGUUGGAAUCGUUCCACCGGAUACGCAGGAAACGGAACAUCUGCUAGUGCAGCAGUACGUGCAGCACGUUGACCUCGCGACGGCAUAUCGGGUGAGCAAUAAUGCGUACAAACAGUACAUCGUAACCCGACCAGCAGCAUCAGCGGCAUCGAACAAGCGAGCGAAACAAUUUAAAAUUAACGAACUAGGCGUGCUUGAAGAUUUUCUACGCGAAAACGCACAACCGGAUAGUGAAACGAAGGGCAAGAAAUCGAGAAAAACAGAGUCGAUUGUGCAGAAGAAAGACAAUAAGAUGCAGGAGGUGAAAUCAAGCGCCCCGCCGAAAGUCGAUGCGGAUGCAUUUAGGAACGAUUUUCUGGCGCGUAUGAAAAACUAUCGUCCGAAUUCGACCAUUUUUGAAUUAAACCCCAAAGCGAACGCCCGGGAGCUGGUUGCAAUGACGCAGAAGCGUGAAGCGGAUGAGGCGAAGAUUGAAAAACACAAGCGUAAGAUGGCCGAACUAGAAGCGGAAGAACAGGAGAAGCGGCAAAAUAAAUCGACAUCAGAGGAAAACGAGGAACCAAAACGGCGCAAGGGACCGACUCGCGACGAGGAGCAUUUCAUCGCUUACCAGGCGAAGGAUGCCGUUGAGGAAGAUGGUUACGCGAUCGACAAUUUCACUCGCCAGGCUAACUCGGCCGAAUUGAGUGUCGUGAGCGAUACGGCCGAAGGACAUCGGAUGCACCGACAGCUGCAAAAGUGGGAUCGUAAGAAAAAGAAGAUGGUAAACGUGGAAAACCCUAAGGCCGGAAAGAUUCGUACCGAGCAUGGUGUUUGGAUUGCGGCAUCGUACAAGACGGGCCGGUACGACAAGUGGAAGGAGCGUACCAAGUUGGACGAAAAGUUGAUGGCAGAACAAGCACAGCAAUCGGACGAUGAGGGCGAUACGGCCGGUAAGGCGGGACCGAUCCAAAUGCGCAACUAUCCGACUACGCACUGGGGGCGACACAAUGCAAAGGCCGAUCUGCGUAAGUUACGCGAUCUGGAUCUGAAAACACCCGAACAGAUCGUGAAGAAACGGCUCGAUAAGGAAACGAAGAUGGAAAAGGAGAAGGCGGCACGGCUGAAAAACAUUCAACGCAAAAAGCGCGCGUUGGCAAAGCGGAAGGGUGGCAAGGGUAAGUAAUUACUCAUUGGAAAUAUUAAUAAUAAAUGCUUGCAAGAAUA